GUGUAUGUGUAUGUUAACUAUGUGAGGAAUGUGAGGUUGCCUAUAAGGAAGGGCAGAGACAGAUUCACUCUUUUUAAUAUGCACUCACGUAAGCAUGCGUAAAUGCUUGCGCUGGUGGUUUUUAGAAUGUGAAGGGUGUAAAAUCUUGAAGUUAGAUGCUUAACCGGCGUACAAAAGUGUGUGCGUGCGUGCCGAUGGCAGAUUCACAAAACUAUGGCGCUGGAAUUUUCAGCAACACUGACGAAGCGCGACAAGAUCAGUGGUAAACGCCAAAUAACGGCAUGGAUAAGACAAUUGGAAAAAUAAACGCCGAUCCAGAUCCAUAGAUUCCAGUCCUGUUUACCUGACAAAAUGUGACGCCCUGUUCCAGCAGUGCAGAUGCAAAGAGGAGUGUACUGUAUAUAAGGAUGCCAGGGUUGUUGUCCUCAUAGGAAUCCUGUCCUUCUGGAUGUGGACAGCACAUGGAAAUUCUGGAAGUACCUGGGCUUUGUUUAUGAAGAUACAUUCUACAUUUCAAUCAGGAUUUUGUCAGAAGAAGGAGUCAAUAUUUUAAGUGUCUUGACUUUGCAUGGUUAGUGUGCUAUGAACUGUCUCCUCUUGUGUGUAGUCUAGUCCAUUUGUUCUCUCCACCUUUCCUCUGUUCCAUUAACACUGCUGCAAGGUCUGUCUCACUGUUGUGCGGGAGGACGCGGUGGGUAAGACAUGUCUACAAAGGCUCCCAUAUACCUUAAAAGGGGAAGCCACAAAGGAAAGAAGGAAAAGCUGCGUGACCUUCUUUCAUCUGACAUGAUCAGCCCCCCACUGGGAGACUUUCGACACACCAUCCACAUUGGCAGUGGAGGGGGGGCUGAUGAUCUUUUUGGUGACUUGUCUUUCUUACAAGGUAAAUUUCACCUGUUACCGGGGCAACAAGAUCACCAGGGAACAUGCCAAUUAAGUCGCUCAGAAAGUGUAAGUAGUCACCCACCAGCCAAUGAUAGCUCACCCCUGUUGAAAAAUGCACUAUCACUUCCUAUCAUUGGAGGAGUUCAGGCACUCACCCUUCUUGUACAAAUUCCGGUGACUUCGGCUGCAAUGCCGACUGCUGAGGUGCAAACAGCCCAAUCUCAACAUACGGAUGCUCUGAUAAUGACCCAGUCUCCCCCAACAUCUCCGUCUCUCGCUCCACCUCCCAAACCUCCCAGACUUCACCUGGAGGAGAGGAACUUGGGCCUAUCAGGGCAUGCAUCACUGCCUGCAUCUCCAGACUGCUCUCCCCAUCAUUUGCGUAGGUAUGAGCCAUGGCCAGAUACUAAGGAAGAUGAAACGUGUGUAAGGGAUGGAGAGGGGGAAGAAAGACCAUAUCUCUCUAACGCCGGUUCUCUCCUUUCCCUCCAUCUUGACCUUGGGCCAUCCAUCUUAGAGGACGUGCUUCAGAUCAUGGACAACCAGAGAAUGGGGACACUCAAUGGGGGACAUACACCCAAUGGACGUCAAGAGAUAUAUACCUGAGUGUGACCAAAAGAGAGGGUAGACUGGUUCAGUUUCAUAUGACUUUUAGAAAGGAGGUAUGAGUGAAAACUUGAUUGUAGAUAACUGGGUUAAUCAAAUUUUUCUUCAUGUAUCAAAAAUGUUGUCCUCUGAGAGAACUCCCAUUUACCUGCUGUACAGUGGCAUUUUCAGGAUAUUUUGACCUUUUCUAAUCAUUAUCAGGUUUCAGGAUUUGAACAAACACAAAAUAAACCCACUUUAUAAUUUCUUGGAUUCUACUGUGUUCAAAUGGAACAUUUUAAAUUAUCUCAUAAAAGAUAAAAGAGUUAAAAGCAGUAGGCCGAAAUUUUGGCUUAAAAAUUUUUAAACUACCAUUUUAACAAACACAUCUGAUGUCUGGAUGUACUAUUACAGAGUAACAACUUACAGGCUUCCUGGUUAUCAGAUUCACUACAGGAAAAGUCAAAACUGAUAUUUGUCCCUCAAAGCAGCGAUGACAUCAUCUCUCCCCUCUGUGUUGUUGCAGUUUGUGUAAGUGGGUAAAAAUGUGCAGCUCCUCCUUAAUGAUCUGGACAAACACACAUGCCAGGAGGCUGUCUCUGUGUCUACACCCUAAUAUUUGAACUUCUUUCAUCUUUUUUUUUUUUUUUUUUUUGGUAGGAACAAUAAGCGUAUUUUUUUUCAGACAGCAGGAAUAUUUCGUAUACAACAGUGCUUUCUACUUCAUAAAAAAAAAAAAAAUGUUUUUUUUUUUUUUGUGUUCAGUCCCUUGUAUUACUUCAUUGUAUCACUUUUCAGGCAGCAGUCCUUCAUUUUUCUGACUGAAGUGUGGGGCCUAAAGAAGGGGCUUGUGUUACUUUUGUAAUGUCCAUGUAAACGAUAACCACAUGGGUUUAUAUUGUGUUUUCUGUCCACAGCUGUAGUCUUUAGCAUUCUUUUCUAAAAUACCAAUCUACGAGUUAAAAGUAUUUAAUGAGAAAAAUGUAUCAACUGUCAUCAACAAGAGAAGAGACUUGAAAGCACAAUAAGAGAAUGCAAGCAAAUAUUAACAGAACUACGCCAUCUAAAUGCAGUCAUAUUUUAUUUAUAUAAAAUUUGCACUGUAACAACCAUAAAAAACUAUUGUAUUCAUACAUUUUUAACACAUUUAAACUAGUUAACAAGUGGUAUAUUUUUUUAAAUCUCUGAGAUUUAAGAUAUCUUUUAUUUCAUUAUUUCAUUUUUUUUUUCACUUUUGAAAAGCUUAAGUAGGCAAGGUUUCUAGCAGCAUUGAGUGGUUGUUUCCUCAAGAUUAUUGGAAUUCCUUCUUGUAGAUUUUUAUUUUUUUAUUUUUGUUUCUUCUAUUUAGUGAAUUCUCUGAAAAUUAUUUAUUUUUUAUCCUUAUAUUGUGAAUUGUAUUUCCAAAGCUAAAUCUAUAUACAGAAUAAUUUCUUCUGUGCACUUAACUUAAUUGAAAUGUGAUAUGUAGACAAAUUUGUGCACACAUGUUAAACCCUAUAGUUGGCCAACUACCUUGAUCUUUUUAAGACUAGUUUAAUCUUUUCAUGAAAAUGGUCAUACUGUAUGCUGUGUACUCUAUAGCCUUUAGAGACCAGAGAAAUAGAAACAGAAUUAAAAGUUUCACACAAGUUAUAGCUUAUUACUAUUCCUAACCCUUAGUAAAUGUGUUUUAAAUAUUUUAGAAUUACCCCCAAAUUAACAAAAAUAUUUUGAUCUGCUGCAGUUGAAGUCAGAAGUUUAUAUACUCUUGAAAAUCUUGAAAUCAUUAAAACUCAUUUUUUAACCACUCCACAAAUUUAAUAUAAGCAAACUAUAGUUUUGGCAAGUCAUUUAGGACAUCUACUUUGUGCAUGACAUGAGUCAUUUUCCAACAAUUGUUUACAGAAAGAUUGUUUCACCUUAAUUGACUAUAUCACAAUUCCAGUGGGUCAGAAAGAAUCAAAAGAAAUCAUCCAAGAACCAAAUCUGGUUUAUGCUUGGGAGCAAUUUCCAAAUGCCUGAAGGUACCACGUUCAUCUGAACAAACAAUAGUAUGCAAGUAUAAACACCAUGGGACCACGCAGCCAUCAUACCGCUCAGGAAGGAUCCUAGAUUAAUGUAGUUUGGUGCAAAAAGUGCAAAUCAACCCCAGAACAACAGCAUAGGAUGUUGUGAAGAUGCUGGAGGAAACAGGUAGACAAGUAUCUAUAUCCACAGUAAAACAAGACCUUUAUCGACAUAACCUGAAAUGCUGUUCAGCAAGGAAAAAGCUAAAGAUCGGUCACAAAUGGGUCUUCCAAAUGAACUGAAAAAGCAUGUGCAAGCAAGGAGGCUUUCUUACAUAUAGUUUUGCUUGAUUUCAACAAAAUGAGUUAAAAGCCAACUUAAAUAGCUAAAAUCAGCAACUGUAACUAUAAGUGUGAUUUGAUCACUGAUUGGUGUUACUAUGAUCUUGCCUCACUGAAUUAAAACAGUAAAGCAAACAAUAAAUACAGUUUUGAAACUGUAUCAUCAAACCAUUAUAAUAUAAUGAAAAUCAAAUUCAGGCAACUUAACAAGCUACUAAAUAUAGGUAGGUACAUUUAAAUAUAAAUAGGUAGAUACAGUAUAGCAUUGAUAUAAUAUUCCACAUGCCUUAACACGUUUGCUUAAUGAACAUCUCUGACAUACUUCACUUUUCUACCCCCCAUAUAAUUUAACUGUAUCUUGUCCUGUCCAAGAUCAUGUUCCCACUAUAGGAGGGGGAGCAGUAAGCUUUACUCCAUUGUCUUUUUUCUGUGUAACCCUCCUGACUUUAAAUCAUAUUUGUAACAGUUAUUGGAAAAGUCUUGCAAGGUUUUAGUUUAUGGGUUUCUUUUAUUUUUCUGACUUAAAAGGUCACAGAAAAAUACUGUGAUCAGCCAUGUUGACUAUUAUUAAUACUAUCUUCAAUAUUUAUAAAAUUAGACUUGGUAUUUUUUUUUAUUUUUUAUUUUUUAUUUGGAUUUUUGUCAUUUGUGUCUAUUUUUUCCACUUAUUUACCUAAAGUAUUUCAUAAACAUACAAUUUACACAUUGCUGUCAAAGGCUUCUGCUGCCUGACUGUUUACCAUCAAAAAUGAUGGCAGACUGGGUUAGGAAUAUUAUAGUGUUGCUGCUUUUUCAAUAAAUGUUAUUCAUUAACACUAUGGCCAUCUUAACCUAGCUUAAUAUGCCUCUUUAACACCUGUUCAGAUCUGUAUCAGAGGACAUCUUUACCCUUAUGUUGGUUUGUAUUUGGGCUUUAAUUUGUAUGAUUAUGGGUGUCUGAUUUGCUGCUGGUAUACACAGUAUAAGACAUAGAGACAGAAAAAUAAAUGCUGUUUUUGAUCCAGAAGUCUGGCUGUGAAAUCUUUGUUUGUUUUUUUUAUAGGUAAUCCCAAAAUCAGAACAAAACAAAAACUUCAGCCGAGAGUCAAGUUUAGGCUACCAUGAAGUGUAGUGCUCUGAAGUUCACACUUUUUUAUAUCUUGUCAUCUCAGACUACAACUUUUCAACACAAAGAGAAAAUGAAA